AUGUCCAGACAAUUAAACGUAGCACAGGAAAUGCACCGUACAGCACAGGAUUCUCCUGGGCCUUCCAAAAGCGGUCGGGAUGUUUCAAUCGAGCCCGAGGCCUCCCCACAGGCCGGGCGAUCUUCCCGCACUGUUGAACGAACCCCGAGGAGAAAAAGACCGUCUCCUCGCACCCCGCAGAGGCGCUCCCCACCAUCACCGGCUUCUUCAUACGCUUCUGCGUCUCCAGGAAUCCCCGACAUUAAGAAAUGGACCGUCCUAGGCCUCAAAGUAGCUCUGGAAAACGCGGAUAUUCCAUUUUCUCGUAAGCAAACAAAGGCGCAGCUGUUCAGCCUCCUCCGCGAUAGCCAGAGGGCUACUCAACCCCCGCAAACAGCCGUGUCAGCGAGCUCUGACUCCUCGUCUUCACAAGCACGGAGUACACCGUACUCCCGAAAGACACCGGGGAAAACGCGGAGGUCUCAAAGACGCCACAUGAAGCCAUCGGCUAGCCUGGGCCGCCCGCCGAUGUCUCCAGCAGCCAGCCCACAAGCGAGGAAGCCAGCAAGCCAGCCAGACAGCGCGAACAUGCUUCCGCUCACGGCAACGGCUUCGCUCCUCCCACUGCCAUUUCAUUCUCCCGGCCAAUGGCCUGCUGCCCCUCCGUCUAUCUGUCACACGGGGUUGCGUUCAGCAGCAGCACCGGCCGCUUCUAUCUUUCACUCUCACAUUUUUCCCACUUUUACCGCAGGAGCCGACACGAGCGUGAGGAUGCCUCCGCUAACGAGUAAGGCCCCGGUUUUUGCCGCAGGAGCCGACACGAGCGUGAGGAUGCCUCCGCUAACGAGUCAGGCCCCGGCACCCUCUAUGACUUUUCCACCUGAUAUUUUCGCCCACGGAUCGACCCAAAGCGUGAGGCUGCCUCCGCAAGCGGCUCCAGUGGCUUCUUUUUCUGUUAAUUCUGUUCCCCAGACCCUUCAACCUUUCACUCUGGCUACCGCAGCACCAAUGCCCAUCCCACCCAACGCAUUGGCCUUGGAACCUCCCCCUGUCAUCAAUUCCAUCAGGCAGCAGAUUUUAGCAGAGUUAACAUCAUAUCCCAACGCUAAUUUCACCAGCUACCUCUUGAACGGCCUCUCGCAGGGUUUCAAUCCCGGCGUAUUAGCUUCGCCCACCUUAAACAUGAUCUGUCCAAAUUUGCAGUCAGCGCUCGUUGAACCCGAAACCGUCGACUUGUUAAUUCACAAAGAGGUCAAUGAGAAAUUCAUCAUGGGCCCCUUUUCCGCCCCUCCUUUCAGUACAUUUCGCGUGAGUCCAAUUGGAGUAGCCACCAGGAAAUUUUCUGGAAAAAAGCGCCCCAUUUUUGACCUUUCUUCACCACACUCUUCUCCUCUCCCUAGCAUUAACAGCCUGAUUCCGCUCGAAGAAUUUUCAUUGAAUUACCACGACAUUGAUCAAGCUAUCACUCUCAUUAAAAAUGCUGGUCGCAGCGCAUGGAUGGCAAAAGUAGAUAUUACAUCAGCAUUCAAAAUCAUGCCCAUCCACCCUGAUUUUUGGCACCUGUUUGGCAUAUGCUGGCGCAAUAAAUUCUACUUUUCCGUCCGAUUAACUUUCAGGUGUAGAAGCAGCCCCAAAAUAUUUGACAUGCUGUCAGAGGCCAUUUGCUGGAUUCUUUCCAAUAACUACGCAAUCCCCCACGUCGUACAUCUUUUAGAUGAUUUUUUAAUCAUAUCUCCUCCAGAUAAUCUCCCAGCCGCCCAUCUCUCGACAGUGCAGGGAGUUUUUCAGAAGCUUGGAAUUCCGCUCGCUCAGGAAAAAACCGCCAGUCCAGACACUUCCAUUGAAUUUUUGGGAAUCAUUUUAGAUUCUAAAAAAUUCCAAGCGUCGCUACCCAAGGAAAAAAUUGUCAGGAUCAUCUCAGUAGCUUCCAACCUGCUCGACAACCCAUCUUGCUCCAAACGCAAGUUACUCUCAGUACUCGGCUAUUUCAAUUUCGCAAUGCGUAUAAUUCCCCAGGGACGCCCUUUCAUCUCACAUCUCAUUUCUCUCUCGACAACCGUAAAUACACUCAAAGGUCUCAUAUCCCUAGACGAGCCAUGUCUUAACGAGCUCAGCCUAUGGGUAAGAUUCCUAAAGCAGUGGAAUGGCAUUUCUUUCUUUUAUGAAAGCAUGAUUUCUCAUCCCACGGACAUUCAAUUAUACACCGACGCCACCCCGUCCAUCGGUUUCGGUGGCUAUUACAGAGGCCGCUGGUUCGCGUCAACAUGGCCUAAUCAACUUUCUGAUCUCCCAGAGACCCUGUCGUCAUCUGUGCUGUUUGAGUUAUACCCCAUAGUAGUCGCUGCCUUUUUGUGGGGGAAAGAAUGGACCUCAACCAGCAUCGUCAUACACUGCGACAGCCAGGCAGCCGUACAAUGCAUCAACAAAGGUCGCUCUCAUUCCCUCACAUUAAUGCCUUUACUAAGACGUCUAAUAUGGACCGCAGCAUGUGAUCAAUUUUUGAUCUCGGCCACAUACAUCCCCGGCCGUAACAAUACAAUAGCAGACUCUCUCUCUCGAUUUGCUUUCCAGAAAUUCAGGCAGCUGGCACCAGAAGCGGACCUCCACCCAACACCAGUGCCUCCUUAUUCAACACUAAUAUUCCCAUAAAUCAUCCACUCAAAGACCUUCUUAAUACCUCUCUAGGUAACAGACUCCAAGCGGUCUCCCCAGGGAACUCUUCAAACCUAUUUGACAGCUCAGAGAAGCUGCAGAGUUUUCAUCAAUUACACCAGAUCACAG